AUGCAGCUAUUGGGCAGCCUUCUAGCCCUCUCCAGCCUAUGCUGGGGCCUUAGCACCAGCCAAUACGCCCCCGACCUCAUCACCUCCCUGCCUGGCCUGGCUGAUCUGCCCAGCUUCAAGCAGUGGUCUGGCUACCUCCAGGCCGGCUCUGACAAAUACUUCCAUUACUGGUUUGUGGAGUCCCAGGGAAACCCUGAGUCUGAUCCCUUGGUUCUAUGGCUGAAUGGAGGCCCUGGCUGCAGUUCCAUGGAAGGCCUAUUGGCAGAGAAUGGACCCUACAGGAUAAAUAAUGAUGGUUCCCUCUACAUGAACCCCUAUAGCUGGAAUCUAGUGGCUAACGUGCUGUACCUGGAAUCACCGGCCGGAGUGGGUUAUUCCUACUCUUCCAGCCGGAACUACAAAACUGAUGAUCAGCAGGUGGCAGCUGAUAAUUACCAGGCCUUACAGAGCUUCUUCGCCAAAUUCCCCAGCUUCACCAGCAAUGAUUUCUAUGUAUUUGGAGAGAGCUAUGGUGGGGUCUACGUGCCCUCUCUCAGUGCCCAGAUUGUUAAUGGUCCAGCCUCCAUCAACUUUAAGGGCUUUGGUGUAGGAAAUGGAAUGAGUAACUACCGGCUGAAUGAUGAGACGCUGAUUGAGUUCAGUUACUACCACGGCAUCAUCGGAGAAAACCUGUGGGACUCCUUGAACACCUAUUGCUGCUCAGCGGGCUCCUGCAACUUCUACAACAGCACCGAAAACGACUGCUUCGAUUCCAUACUGGAGGCUUACAGAAUGAUCCAGGGCGUGGGCCUCAACAUCUACAACCUCUACUCGCCAUGUUGGGGGGCUCCGGGAUACCAGGAGCGCUUGGCCACUGACAUGAGCAACCUCUAUCGCGAAUAUCAGUUCAACGUGGCUGUCCCGCCCCCAGGAGCCCACAUCCCUGGAGUCCCCGAGUGCAUCAAUGGCACAGCUAUGUAUGUGUGGUUGAACCAGGACAACGUGAGGCAGGCCCUCCACAUUCCUGUCUUCCUCCCCAUUUGGGAACUUUGCAACACCCAGGUAACUUCUCAAUACCAGAGGCAGUACAUGGACAUGGCUCCCUUCUAUGAGGAAUUACUGCAGAGCAACAUCCGCAUCUUGGUGUACAAUGGGGACACUGACAUGGCCUGCAACUUCUUGGGAGGCGAGAAGUUUGUGGAGUCGCUGAACCAGCCCGUGAUGAGCCCCUAUCAGCCCUGGUACUAUAAAAAUCAGGUUGCAGGAUUCUUCAAGGAAUAUGAGCGCAUCACCUUCCUCACCGUCAAGGGAUCUGGACACAUGGUUCCCCAGUACCGACCUGCUCAGGCCCUGAAGAUGUUUGAGUCUUUUCUCAGGAAUACUACGUACCUGUGAACUUCCCCCAAUGCUGAUACUUCUGAGGCUACCCACUGCUAAUGUUAAGGUCACAGUCCUGGGGUCCUUGAAAAGCUCCCAUGAUUGUCAGCCCACCCCAAAAUCCCAG